AUGUCUGAAGAUCCUAAGAUACCAUCAAGUAUCGGACCCUACACUUUCAAGCAGACCCUCGGACAUGGAGCAUUCUCAGUUGUGAAAUUGGCUAUUCAUAAUGUAACGAAACAACAGUUCGCAUGUAAAAUUAUCAAGAAAACUGCCCUAAGUAAAGAUAACAAAGCAGAAGAAAGAUUCGAACUAGAGACAAGAAUCUUACAGCAAAUGAGACAUCCCAACAUAGCUCAAUUGUUCGACAUUAUGGCAGAUGGAACUUUUUUUUACGUGGUUUUGGAAAUCUGUCCAAAUGGAGAGCUUUUUAAGUUCAUAAUUCAGAAUAAAUUUCUUCCUGAGAAUGAAGCUAAAAUGUAUAUGAAACCAAUUGUUGAAGCACUCAAAUACAUUCACGAUUUAAAGGUAGUUCAUAGAGAUUUAAAGCCAGAAAACAUCUUAUUAGAUGAUAAAAACAGACCAAAAAUCACAGAUUUCGGCUUUUCUCGUUAUGUUUUACACGAUCAAUUAUUAAAAACGACUUGUGGUUCUCCUUGUUACGCAUCACCAGCUUGUAUCGCUGGAAAAGAGUACGACGGGUUUAAAAACGAUAUUUGGGGGCUUGGCGUUAUCUUUUUCGCUACUGUAACAGGUCAAUUACCAUGGACUAAAAAAAUCGAAUCAGAACUGUUUGAACAAAUCAGCAGAGCAGAAUAUACAAUUCCAUCAUACAUAUCAGACGAUUUACGCGAACUUAUUUCUUCAAUGAUGAAUAUCGAUGAAUCUAAACGACCUACAUGCGAUCAGAUAUUAGCAAGCCCAUGGUUUGCAAAUGCAGAUGAAACAUUACCACCUCCUCUUCAACCACAAGUUGUUUCUCUAAAAGCACUUGAUAUCUUUUUCAACAGAGAGCUUUCAAAGCUAAAUGUCGAGUUUCGUGUUCGCAAAUGUACAUCAAAGACAUAUACAGAAGCUGAAUUAAAUUCAAUAUUAAAUCGCCAAGAAGCGAAAAACAUGCCGCCGAUUAAUGAAUCAAAUAGAAAAGGGCGUUUACCACCUCGUGCUAUUGAUAUGUUAGUUCAUAAAGGCCAUAGAUACUCUACUUCACCGAAUGCUUCACCAACAACGCCUCCUUUAGCUCCGAAGCAAAAAAUUAUUAAGCCAAAGACUAUGUAUCAUUCUCAGGCUCCAAAAUUAAGAACUAUUCUGCGCCAUUAA